CAUAUAAAACAAAGUUUCGUUUAAUCGAAUUUUAAGGUGCAAUAGCUACGUUAUAUUUUAGCGAACACAAAAUAAUUAUAAUAAUGGCGGGAAAAACAACAGAUCGCAAGAAAACCAAAGAUAAAGGGCCUACUAGUGAGGCGAGCGACAAUGCUGCCACUUUUACUCUACCCGAUUCUUUACCAUGCUCGGAAAUUGAGUUUCCUGUACUUAUAAAGAGGGUCAAUAAAGCAAAUUGGAAUCUUAUAGUUAGAGAGAGAGAGAAGGAGUUACAAGAAAUAGAAGAUAGCCGAGAAAGCAAAAAAGAGCCCAUAAUAAAACAGCCUUUUCUUAGAACCGAAACAGAUUACAUAAAAGAUCAAGUAUUUGUGUAUUUAAUACCAGCAUUGGAGGAAACACUUAAUAAAGCUAAAAUAUGGGAAGCGCUAAAAAUACAAAAAUGUUUUUUUAAUGGCAUUGACAAUAUUGCUCAGUUUCUGUGGAAUAAUAAUCCAAGAUAUCCCGAUCGUUUGUCAAGAAAAUGUCAUCUAUUCAACAUGCCAUGGGUUCGAAAACAGCUUCAAGAGAAGCCACGUCCAUACUACCCCAAAUCGUGGUUAUGGCCUGAGGAUUAUGCAGCUACGCUCAUACAAAAGACUGUCCGUCAGUACUUUGUACAGAGAGAGGACGAUGUACAGGAAAUGCGUGAUUUCUGGAGAAAACUCAACAUUGAACAAAACCUUCCCGAGAUGGAAACCAAUCCAUUUUUGGCUAAAAAGUUUGCAUCGUUGCAAACAUUUCAUAAAAAUAAUUGAACAUUUAUGUCAAUAAAACAGUUUAUUUAAAUAUCUACCAAAUAAUUACUAAAUUUAAAGCAGUAGCUAAAACUAUGUUGAUGUAAAAGUAGGAUUUUAUUUUAACUAAACAGAUCGAAACAAAAAUUAGGGACUUAUGAACAUAGUAACAAGUGCAUAGUAGACAAGGUGUUUUAGA